AUGGCGUCUGCAGUCGAGAUGGCUCUUUUGGAGUGCCAGCUUCAGUUGAUGCUCGCUGAGAUGAACAUUGAUUUGAUAGAAUCAAAAGAGAUCUAUAUGGAUGGUCGGGCUGUUGGAAAAUCCGAUACAACUCUUGAGGCAUUCCUGUUCGUCUUCACCGCGAUCGGUGAACAGGUCACUCAUGAAUUUCAUCAUGCCCACCCCGUUGCUCACAACCUGAUCUCCAGUUUGGCUGAACAGUUGUUCCAAGUGAUCCAAAUCCUGCUCGUACAAAUGGCCGCCGGCGUCUCACAAACAGAAAUUUCGUGGGUUUCACGCUGUCUGCUCACGAUAAAGGUGUUCAACAUGUUAGAUGCUUAUACAUCUGUGUUCGUCUGUUUGGGAUCCGAAUCCAACAUGUCCAACUUGGCCUCCGGAGUCCAACUGAUUUCCUCUUGUCUAACUGACGAUUUGCUUCUGACAGAAAAUCAAGCCAUAGCGAUUCUGGANAUUCUGGACUCAUUAAACCAACUCACUCGUACUCCGAAUUCCAUUUCCAGAGAAGUUGAACUUCUCGCCGCACACAUUGUUGGUGGUCUUCUUCCUUAUGUUCCCGAAAAACCGGUAGUCACUCAACUUGUACAGAGAACUAUACAGAAGUUUGAAUGUUCACUCAAGCUCCGAGGUAAACGAUGUUCGCCCCGGACCUUAGAAAAUCGUGAGUUCUUUUUGUCUCGUUCUGUGGUUCACAAUAUGCGAUCCAUCGAAGUGUCCGAAAGACAGGAUUGUUCUGUUGUGGACGAUAUUAUGAUUCGAAAGUUUGCAUAA